UCAAAUAAGAAUGAAAUAGAGAAUAAAAACAAAAUACAAGAGAUAUUUCCAACAACAUUACUUUCAGAUAAUAUUGUGAAGAAAAGUAUAAAAAGAGUAUCACAACAGGGUUUGAAAAGUGGAUUGGACAGAUUGUCAUUAGAAGCAUUAAAAAUGUUGUGUAAAGAAGAAGGUUUGUUAGAAACAGAGGUUAAGAAGGAGUUAAUAAAAAGAUUGGCAGUGAGUAUAUUUAAUAAGCCUAAAGGGAAAGCUGUAGAAAGUAGCAAUUAUAGUAGAGUGAGUAGUAAAAAGAAAAAUAUAGGCAUAAAAGAGGAAAAGUCUUUGGAAAAAACAGUACAAGCAACUAUGAUAGUGGUAGAAGAGAUUAGAAGAAGUGUCCAAUCAGAGAGAAAUAAGGAAGAGGAUAAAUAUUGGCCGAAAGAGAAAUUAGAUUUAAUAGCCAAAGCAAGAGAUGUAGCAGCUAUAAGGGCAUUUAUGUUAAAGGUAGCAAAUAAGGAAAGAUGGAAUAUAGCAGCAGGGUUUAGAUAUUUAUUAGAAGAUAAUCCAAUGGAGGUGUAUUUUCAAAAAAGAUUAGCAAAUACUAGAGAAUUAGCAAAAAACAAGUGA